AUGAACGGAGAGAAGAGAAAUGCUCGUGGCAGAGGACGCGGUCGUGGUCGCGGGCGAGGUAGAGGCAGAGGACGCGGCAGAGGGAAAAAAGUUCCCAAAGUUAUGUCGUCAGAUGAAGAAGAAUGUUCGGUAGAAGAAACCAGUCAAGAACAGGAUGAACCAGCGCCGGAGGAAACUAAGGAAGAACCAGAACAACCGGCUGAACCUGUUAAAUUGGAAGUGCCUUCCGAUAUAUCUCAAUUAGAAGCUCCAGUAUUCACAACCCUACAGAGAGGUCCCCCGGAACCGAUGUUGCGAUUAGACUGGAGUCACCGAGCAACUCUAAUCGGAGAAAAAGUUCUAAAUCCCAUGAUAUAUUGCUGUGAUACUUGCUCAAAACCUAUAUUAAUAUAUGGAAGAAUGAUACCUUGUAAGCAUGUGUUCUGCCUUACCUGUGCGAGAGCCGAUAAUACACAUUGUCCCAGGUGCAGAGAAAAGGUAUUAAGAGUAGAACAGACCGGACUUGGUACAGUGUUCAUGUGCACACAUUCAGGCACGAGGUAUGGUAACACUGGCUGCAGGAGAACUUAUCUGUCUCAGCGUGAUCUCCAAGCACAUAUCAAUCAUCGUCACGUCGGUGACAAGAAUGACCCAGAACCUGCACCGCAUCCUGCACUUGCUGUGGUUAAGCCACUGCCGGCGGUGGUGGGAGGCGGCAGUACCGCUGAUCCGCGUCACCCUCAACACGCUCAUGAACGAAGACCUCGCACCAACCUCAUCACUGUACCCAUACAUGAAGAUUCUCACUCAUACUAUAAUUACUACCAGCCGCCACAGCCGGUCCCUCCGCCCGCUAUGCCCACGGUGGGCAGUGUGGGCAACGUGGGCGCUCCCGUGAGCAACGUCGGUGUGGGUCUGGGCGGUGUUAUGUCCGUGCCACCUCCAUACUACGCCGCGCCUUACGCACCACACACCGCGCCGCCGGCUACAUAUGUUGGAGGAGCACCGAUGACAACAAACGUAGCGGGUGUGUCGCCAAUGCCAGCUAUGUCUACAGACAAUCGUUGGCCGGAAGGAUAUCCGCCCGUGCAGUGGCCCAACACCCAUCAUUAUUACAGGUAG